AUGAAAGCCGUAUUCGAACAUGCAAAUCGGAAAACUACUGUAUUUGGUGAUGAUUAUGCUACAAUAAUCGACAAAAUUCGUGAAUUAUUUCCUGAAGAAACUUCUCGUGUUAUUGAAUUUUAUGAUCCAGAAUUAUGUGAUUAUUUUGAUUUUACAUCUUUCGAGCAAAUUAAAGAUCACCCCAAUGGUUUAAAGAUGCGUUUUGAUACAUCAUUAGUAUCAGAUUUACUGUCACUUGACACCCAUGCACCAUCAGUAAUUAAUGACAAUCAAAAUUCUCAACGAAAUACAAAUGCUAAAAUAAAUAAUUGUACUAAACGGUCUAGAAAAAAAUCGACUGUUGCAGAACGUAUCGAACCACCAUCAUUACCAGUUUAUGGUGAUAUUAUUACUCAAGGUCUACAGUCUCGAGAAUCGUUUCAAUCGAUACAACAAGAGUUUUUACAUAAAACGUCUUCAUAUUUCCUACAAGAAUAUCCAAAUUGCACUUCGAGAAAAGCUCAUCAUGCAUUUAUUAUGGCACUAAUACAACAAUAUCCGGCUUUAAAUUAUUUAGACAAAAAUAUUGAUGGUAUUGAUGGAAAAGCUCCUUAUCAUACAAUAUCUCGUCUUCUUUCUCGAAAGAAAAGAAAUAUGAGAUAUUCAAAAAAUCAUCCAGCACCAAAACGAGCACGACAAAACACAAGUAGUUCCACGUUCAAUGAUAAAGUCAUCGAAAAUGUAAUUAUCGAAGAAAAUCCAACUGUUGCAAUUGAAAAAAAUAUUGUAUUUGAAUCUAAUCAAAAUGGUGAGCAUUUUCUCAAAUGCAUUGAAUAUGUUAAUAUGAUUUAUCUUUUAUGUUUAGUUUUGGUCAAUGGAUGUUCGACAGAAGAAUCGUUGAAUGAAUCGAACAUUAGUCAAACAAUAGGUUCACCAUCUGUUCAAUUAGAAAAAUCAGUCACAACACCAUCAUCACCAAAUACAUGUAUUACGUCACGCAUAGUAACAAAAACUAACAGACAAGCCACCGUGGUUUCAGUAACUUCAUCACGUACAUCAAAUUCACCAAAUCAAUCAUCUUCUACAACUUCAUCGAUCAUCAAUGUACCAUCUGUUUCAAGUAAACCGGUUAUCAUCAAACCUGCAACUAUUACAAAUACACCAGCUAAUUUUAUAUAUCAUAAUGGUCGUUUACAAGUAAAUUCAUAAAAAGAAAAUGAUACAGGUCCUCCAGUAACUAUAGCUGAAGAACCAACUAAUGUUUUAAAAGAGUCUAAUGUCAAUAAUAUCGUUUCAUCAUCAACUACAAAUAAAGAUGACCACAGAUGGUUCCUAAAAUUAUCAAAUUCAGAAAUAAGUUCAUAUAAUAAAGAUGUUGCUCGUCUUCGUACCAUUGUCAAACUAAAGAAUAAAGCAGCAAAAAAUAUCUCCAGUGUUGAAAUUCAUGUACUCAUACGUAAUACACAUUUUAUUCGACGUCAAAAGUUAUUAGAAAAAGAAAAAGAUGAUUUUCAACUUGUAUAUGAAUAUAUGUUAUUGAAAAAUCGAACAUUAACAUUUGAAGAAUUACAAGCUGAAGUUCGUAUCACACUUGAUAAUUAUAUCGAAAAAUAUGCUUUACAAAAACAUGAAAAAAUGAGUGAAAUUGACUUCGUAAUAAUGAGUUCAUUAUGUAAAGAUGCUGGUGAAGAAAAUCUAAUUUUCAAAAAUGUUUUAUGUAAUCCAGAUCAAAUUAUUGGAAUUCUUAUAACUUCGUCAUCAACAAAUGAGUUCGAAAAAGCAUUUAUGUUUAUCCGGAACUUACCUUUCAAAAUCUAUUUAUCAAUUGAUGGUGGUGGUUUACAGAGCGUUCUUGCAAUUUUAAUAACAGUGUACAUUAACUUAAAUGCUCAACCUGAUCAUGCAGUGUUACGAAUGUUACUUGAAUCAUGUAAUAAAAAAAAGUAA